CAGAUUUAACGAUUGUGCGAGGACGGACACCUGGAGAAGGGGUCUCUGAUAUCUUCAUAACGAAAGUGGCGUCUCUUUAGAAUCGACAAAUGUUAUGGGGGAGGUGUAAUUUUACACUUUGACCGAUAAUCGGAAAAUUGUGGGAAGAUUGGCGAGCACGAUGAGUAGUACGCAGCUUCAGAAUCCAAACUCAGUUUCGGACAAAAAAUCUUUCUCAUUUGAUGAUGUCUCCAAGUUAUUCUAUUUGCCACUUUUUGAAGCCGCUGAAAAUCUCGGUGUUUGUACAAAUGUUCUAAAGAAAAUAUGCCAUGACAAUGGUCUUGUUAGGUGGCCACACCGAAAGUUUCUCUCUGGAAAGAGUGUUGAAGAAAUUAAGAGGGAUGCUGCUAGAGAAAGAAACAUGGAACUUGCUGAGUUGUCAAAAGCUACUGGUGAAAGGAAUGGAAGUUCAGAAGUAUCAUCAUCUUUAGGCCCUCAACUCCAGAACAAAACUUUAAGUUCUGUACAAGAAUUGUCUAACUCACGGGGGAUCACAACACAGCAGCAAGGAAACAAGAAUGUUCAGAAUGGAAGACCCCAGAAUUCGCAUUGCUCAAGCUUGGCAAAAGGAACUCAGGUCAGCUUGGAUGAGUUUAAGUAUGGAUUUCCAUCAGAUGGCUUAUCAAUUGCCUCCUAUAGAUGGUGGGGAAGCAACGGACCGGACCAUACUGAGAAUAUCCGUGUAAAUGGAGUCCAAGUCUUCCAAGAACACAAACACCAAUCCAAAGAACUGGGGGAUGAUGGCGCUUGUUCAUUAUCAGAAAAUGGAAUAGAUGAAAGCAACACUGGUGCCCUUGGUUCUGGUUUAUUGUCAGCUGUGAGAAAAAGGGCUGUAGAUGGAGGAGGAGAUGCACUAAAACUAGGUGUCUAUAGGAGAUACGGAAUAAACAAGCUUGGAAGACGGGAGAGAACACUGCUUCUUCGAAUAUUCAAAUUCCCAUUACAAAGCUAGUGAUUACAUGUUUUUUUCCCUUACCCUUUCCAGAAUUCUGCUGGUGCUAUCUUUUGGUCUUUAGAUUGAGAGCAUUUAAAUUCAUCCGUGAGUUUUAACUGCUGUACUAGGUGCUCAAUCUUCAAAUAUUUAUCAAGAGCUUUUGCAAGAAAUUUUCUGCACAAGCAUAGAUACCGUUGAAUAUGAUCUAAAGCGGAAAAAAAGUAAUUAUCGAAAAAACAUAGCAAUCAUAGUGAAUGGUGGAUAAAUUUCUUGCUCACUUUUCUGUUUAUUAUUAUUAUUAUUAUUAUAAUUUCAUAUUGGACAUGAUAGGCUAGCAAGGUGGGAUUCGAAUUAUAACUCUCACAUUGCUGGAGUUCUCCAGCAACCUCCCAUUUAAAGGCAGGAAGAAGCUUUUUUCAUUCCCCUUCGAAGAGCCAAGACUAGAAGACAUGAAGACCUACCUGGUUUUAGGAAGAGGUGAUACUAAAGUUGGUUAUUAUUUGAAUACCAAAGGUGGCUAUUUCUCUAGCCCUUCUUUUUCUUUCAUUUUCUCAUCUCUCCAUUAUGUUUUUUUAGACAUAGCUUAUUUUCUCUCUCUUUCUCUUGCAUGCUAAAUUUAGUAUAUUAUUAUUAUUAAUU